AAUCUCAGAAAAGUGAAAACCAUCAUCCAGUCUAGUGAUGGCAGCCGCAGCACCACCAUCCCCAACAACUCCGGCAGCCACAACACUGCCAGAAACUGCCACACCCUGUCACCCUAUGUUCACCCGCAUCCGCCUUGCCACUCCUUCCGAUGUACCCCACAUCCUCAAAAUGACAUACCAGUUGGCAGUCUUCGAACACUUCACCCACCUCUUCGUCGGCACCGAGUCCUCACUCUCCUCCGCACUCUUCUCUCCCAACGUCCAACCCUUCCACUCAUCCACCGUCUUCAUCCUCGAAGCAUCUCAAAAUCCCUUCACUGAUGACACCCACUUUGACAAUGACCCUUUCUACAAGCCAACAAUGAAGGUUGUGAACUUGGACCUCAUAAUCGAUGACCCAGAAAAGGAAACGUUCAGAAAUCAGCAUGGGAAUGACAUUUUCAUUGUUGGGUUUGUGUUGUUUUUCCCAAACUAUUCCACUUUUAUGGCGAAGGCUGGGUUCUAUGUUGAGGAUUUGUUUGUGAGGGAAUGUUAUAGGAGGAAGGGGUUUGGGAAGAUGCUGCUAUCUGCGGUGGCUAAACAGGCUGUGAAAAUGGGGUAUGGGAGGGUGGAGUGGAUUGUGCUUGAUUGGAAUGUUAAUGCCAUCAAGUUUUAUGAGGGUAUGGGUGCUAAAAUCUUGCAGGAAUGGAGGCUUUGCAGGCUUAUUGGAGAUGAUUUGCAGGCUCAUGGAGGUUCUGAUUAAGAAACAGAAACAGAAAAUUAAGUUGUUUUUUAUUUCCUUUAAUUUUCUAAGUCCAGUUUAUUUCCUGAAACUUCACUAUCGAUUGUAUGUACAUUCCGCGGCGGUUCAAACAGUGGCAGUUUUCCUUUGCGGCGGAAGGUAGCAUCUGUCCUCCCCGCCGAUGACAAUAAUAAGGGAAGCUUCUUUCCUAUGGCUCCUUCUAACCCUGUAGACCCCUCCCGCAGUUGACCAACCGGAACAGUUACCACUGUUGAAUACUUUCUGCAGCGGUUUCUAGGAACCGCUGGAAUUACCACCGCGAAAAAUAAAUGUGGGUUUUUUCACACCUCCAGUCAGCUAACCUUAUUGCAAGCUACCUUAUCUCCAUAACCAAAAGUUUCUAUAGGAUUAGUAUAUUAUAUUAAUGACUCAAAUGGUGUGGGAUCUUCUAAAUGGUGUUAUUCUGAUGGCUGCUGAGUCAGAAAAUUCAAUAGCUAAAGAUACCUUAAGAUAAUACCCAUAAGAGAUUUAUAAUAUGAUCUUAUACCAAUUGAGUACAA